CAUCAACCGCUACGAUAUUCGCUUCACUAGUGCGGCCUGGUGUCGUUGUCUGCUUCUUCCAUUCUCUAGCUUUCGAGUAGAAGAUUCCUGCUUUGAGUCAACUCUCAGCCCAAAGAAACCACAAUGGUCCGCAUCGCUCUCAUCACCGUCCUCACUUUUGCCGUGGUGGCCAUGGCUCAGGUCACGCCGAACAACGCAGGGGCCCGGAACGUCGGGAACGGCCAGGGCGCUCAGUUCAUCACGGGAGGGUGUGUCAACGACGCGGACUGCGCGUCAGGAUGCUGUGCCGAUGCCAGCGGUGUCGGUGUCUGCUCGGCCGAGGCCGCCCAGUUCCAGAACGGAAAGAACGGCUGUGGCUUUGUUGACCCUAACGCAGCGGCUACUAUUGCUGCCGCUGAGGCCCAGGUUGCUGAGCAGGGGUUUUGAAGUUUAACCGGGGACGACAUGGGAUGGGAUGCUAUGUUGUGUUGUGGUUACUGGUUAGUAGAUAGUAGAUAUCAAACGGCCUCGGGAUGGCUAGUAAGGCACCUUGCUCGCCGCUGGGGCCAGUAAGCGUUGGCUACCUAGGUAGUUGGAUGUGGAUUUGUUGUUAGUCCAUCUUCAAGCCGCUCUGUAUAAGGUACCUAACCUGAUAGGAUUUAGAGGCCUGGCCAUGAUGAUUUUUGUGCAUUGCAUAUACCUAGCUGACUGGAUAGCACGAUCCGCC